AUGGAGAGUCAGCCACACCCACAGCCGCAGCCACGGAGACCCCAGCGCCGACGCCGAAGACCAGCACUCUCUUGUCGGGAAUGCCGUCGCCGCAAGAUCAAGUGCGAUCACAAUAACCCUUGCGCGCACUGUUUGCGUCACAAGACCCGAUGUGUAUACAAGCCCUAUACAGAUGGCCUUGAUGACAGGGCCAUCCCCCGGACUAACCAGCAGCAUGAUUUACCCGCCAAUUCACCGCUGCGCCAAACUGCAAGCCCCCCGCCGUCAGACAGCUCGGCUCCCCGACAGCUCGCUCAGGCUGGGGACAGGGACUCGGAUAACAUCAACGGAUCCAUCUCCGUGCCUCUCCAGGGCAGCAACUCAUCCACACCCUGCGGCACACCACUGGCAGCGGCAACCGCGGCGCAGACGGUCUCCAUACGGGCUCCUCUUGGCCGCAGUGACCUGCGACAACCACUGCCGGACCAGGGCCCGGUUGGGGAAGCCACUUUCCGUGAUCUUCUGUUUCGGAUACAGCGGCUGGAAGAAUCUUCAGCAGGCGGAUCUCGAAUCAGCGACAGUCCUCUCCACGGGGCCAAUGCACGAUCCGAGGCGAGCGCGGUCUCUUUGGCACCUCCGCUGCCGGCCGGGUCGCAAGAGUGGCAAGCUGUCCUGAACAAGUCCAGGGAUUGGGGCCGGAGUCGUUGGAUGGGCGGGGCUAAUGAAUUCACCGCCAUCAUUGCCUGCUACAGUGAGAUCAUGGGCAAGAGUAGCAAGGACGGCUCAUUUCAAGGCCCCGAGGCCUCUGCGCUGAUCUCCCAGGCCGGUGACUUCCUCCGGAAAUGCAAGAACAGAGCGAGGAGCAUCAAGACCAGCCGGCCUACCAGAGGUCUCCCGUCGCCGGGCUUCGGAAAUGCCCCCCCUUCCCGGGAGAUGGCCGAUGCCAUGGCCAACCUCUACUUGGAAUCAUUUGAAUCGACGUAUCGGAUACUUCACCUCCCUACCUUCUGGGUCGAGUACCAAAGAUAUUGGGACAACCCUGAAGGUGUUGCACCUAGUCUACGCCUCAAGGUUCUCCUCGUCAUUGGCAUAGGAUCAAGUCUGUAUAAUUAUGAAGACAGAGCUGCAGCUCUUCGCAAUAUAGAUUUGGUUCAGCAAUGGAUCUACGCUGCUCAAACCUGGCUGUCCGGGCCGUUGGAAAAGGACCGCCUGGACAUCUCUGGGCUGCAGAUAUACUGCUUGAGUAUCCUGGCCCGGCAGACCUUCUCAAUCGGCGGCGAUACGAUAUGGAUCUCGAUCGGAUCGCUCAUCCACAGCGCCAUGCAACUCGGGUUGCACCGGGACCCCAAGUAUCUCCAAGCUAUAUCGGUGCUGCAGGCCGAACUGCGCCGGAGGCUUUGGUAUACUAUUCUUGAAUUCAUCGUCCAGUCGUCCCUGGAUUCGUGGAUGCCGCCGAGGAUCUCCUUUGAUGAAUUCGAUACCGAGCCGCCCUCCAAUAUCAACGACGAUGUGCUCGACGAGUCAACGACCGAACUCCAGUCAUGCCCAAAGGGGAUCUUGACCGCAACGUCCGUCCAGCUCGCCUUAAUCGACACGCUGUCCGUCCGCCUGCAGAUCGUGCAGCUCCUCAACGGCCUCCAUUCCGAACUCUCUUACGACCGUGUCCUCUCGCUAAGCUCGGAUCUGAUCGACGCGCUUCAGGCCUGCAGUCGCUGGGUGAAGGAUGGCGACGGGUCAACCCCGUUCCACCGGAACCUGCUGGACUACUUGAUCCGCCGGUUCAUGAUCCCCCUGCACUACUCCUUCAGCAACCAGGCGCGCACCAACCCGCUCUUCCACUACUCGCUCAAGCUCAGCCUCGACGCCGCCCUCGCCAUGGUCUCUCCGGAGCCGGACCACGGCUUUGCCCGGCUGAUGGCCACCGGCGGUGGGGUCUUUCGGGAGGGGGUGCGAUGCGCCACCUCGGCCAUCAGCCUCGAGCUGCUCGCGCACGUCGAAACCCAGCGCCUCAACGGCACACUGCACCGGACCCGCCAGUACCGGGACUUCCUCAAACAGGCCGUCCGCGACCUCAUCUCGCUGUCGGAGGAACGCAUCCGCCAGGGCGAGACGAACGUGAAGAACCACAUGUUUCUGAGCAUGAUCCUCGCGCAGGCCGAAGCGGUGGAGGCGGGCGUCUCGGUUGAGUUGCGGGUUGGCCGCGCCGCGAGGGAUAGCUUGGAGCUGUGCAAUACUCUGCUGAAGAUGAGGGAGGAUACCGGGUCCAUGCCGUCGCCUGACGAUGCGGGACUGGGGGCGGCGGGGAUGGAAGGGGGCCAGGGGAUGGGCUUGGAAGGGUUUGGACCAGCCUUUGGGUGGGAGUCUUUCUUUCCGGACGUGGGCCUUGGUCAUUGCUGGGGGUUUGGGAACUUGGAUAGUUAG